GGAAGGGGGAGGGGCGGUGUUUACUCGGCAGCCGUGCCAGGCGGGGAGGCGCGGCGGGCCUGAGGCCUAGGGAGCGGAGCGGGACCAUGGCCGCCUGUAACACCUGCGCUGCUGCCGCGCGGCUGUUCAGCUCCUCGCUGCCCUCGGCGCACAGAGGUAUUACUUGUGGUCGUACUUGUCUCGCUGUUUUAGGAAGAAUUGGGACUUUUGAAACUCAGUCUCUAAGAAGGAUUCCUUUUAGAACUUUUUCAGAAACACCAGCAUACUUUGCUUCGAAAGAUGGCACGAGCAAGGAUGGUUCUGGCGAUGGCAAUAAGAAAUCUGUCAGUGAGGGAGGCAGUAAAAAGUCAAGUUCUGGAAACUCGGGGAAAGGAGGAAACCAGCUACGGUGCCCAAAGUGUGGUGAUCUGUGCACACAUGUAGAGACCUUUGUGUCUUCCACCCGUUUUGUGAAGUGUGAAAAAUGUCACCAUUUUUUUGUUGUGCUAUCAGAGGCAGACUCAAAGAAGAGCAUCAUUAAAGAGCCCGAAUCAGCAGCAGAAGCUGUGAAGUUGGCAUUCCAACAAAAGCCACCACCUCCACCGAAAAAAAUUUACAACUACCUCGACAAGUAUGUUGUUGGUCAAUCUUUUGCCAAGAAGGUGCUUUCAGUCGCUGUGUACAAUCAUUACAAAAGAAUAUACAACAAUAUCCCAACUAAUCUGAGACAGCAAGCAGAAGUUGAAAAGCAGACUUCUUUAACACCCAGAGAGUUAGAAAUAAGAAGACGGGAGGAUGAGUACAGAUUUACAAAACUUCUGCAGAUUGCUGGAAUAAGUCCCCAUGGUAAUGCUUUAGGAGCAUCAAUGCAGCAACAAGUGAACCAGCAGAUGCCUCAGGAGAAACGAGGAGGCGAAGUACUAGAUUCAACCCAUGAUGACAUAAAUCUUGAAAAAAGUAAUAUUUUGCUUCUUGGACCAACUGGGUCAGGUAAAACCCUGCUGGCUCAGACUCUAGCUAAAUGCCUUGAUGUACCUUUUGCUAUCUGUGAUUGUACUACCUUGACUCAAGCUGGCUAUGUAGGUGAAGAUAUUGAAUCUGUUAUUGCAAAACUACUGCAAGAUGCCAACUACAAUGUAGAAAAAGCUCAACAAGGAAUUGUUUUUCUGGAUGAAGUAGAUAAGAUUGGCAGUGUGCCAGGCAUUCAUCAGUUACGGGAUGUAGGAGGAGAAGGUGUCCAACAAGGCUUGUUAAAGUUACUAGAAGGUACAAUAGUAAAUGUUCCAGAAAAAAAUUCCCGUAAGUUACGUGGAGAAACGGUGCAGGUUGAUACAACAAAUGUCCUCUUUGUAGCUUCUGGUGCCUUUAAUGGUCUUGACAGAAUCAUCAGCAGGAGGAAAAAUGAAAAGUAUCUUGGUUUUGGCACGCCAUCUAAUUUGGGGAAAGGCAGAAGGGCUGCAGCAGCAGCUGACCUCGCUAACAUAAGUGGGGAGUCCAAUACACAGCAAGAUAUUGAAGAAAAAGAUCGCUUGUUGCGGCAUGUGGAAGCCAGAGAUCUCAUUGAAUUUGGCAUGAUUCCAGAGUUUGUGGGACGUUUACCUGUGGUGGUUCCCCUGCACAGUCUGGAUGAGAAAACACUUGUACGGAUUCUUACUGAGCCAAGAAAUGCUGUUGUUCCUCAAUACCAAGCAUUAUUCAGCAUGGACAAGUGUGAAUUGACUGUUACUGAGGAUGCAUUGAAGGCUAUAGCCAGACUGGCGCUAGACAGAAAGACUGGUGCAAGAGGUCUUCGAUCUAUAAUGGAAAAGUUGUUGCUGGAGCCCAUGUUCGAAGUACCCAAUUCUGACAUUGUAUGUGUGGAGGUUGACAAAGAAGUUGUGGAAGGCAAAAAAGAACCAGGAUAUAUUAGGGCUCCGACUAAAGAUACAGCUGAAGAAGAGUAUGACUCAGGAGUUGAAGAGGAAGGUUGGCCUCGUCAAGCAGAUGCUGCAAACAAUUAAAUAGUGUCAGUGUUCUCCUGCAUAUAGUGUGCUUGGUUAUUUUUAAGAUCAUUAUCUGGCAUUACAGUCUGAUACUGAAGGCAUUGGAUCUAUCCUGGAUAUAAUACAUGGUCAAAAAAGUUGAUAUUUAAAAAAAAAAAUAGAUCAUGUAUUGUAACAUCACAUUGAUUUAUUCAGUGGACAUUAUUUGGACUUCAGUAGCAUAAUGUUCAAAUAUAAAUUGUAUAUUACGUUUUGUUCAGUUUUUAAAUAAAUGUGCUUUAACAAUUCUAGAAAGCAAAGAAGGUGUUGCUUAAACAAUGCAAGUGUCGCAAAUAGUUUUAUUUUACAAUAAUGUUACUCUACACAUGGGAAAACACGUUAAAUAUAAAAUAGAGGAUAAGCAAACUUAAUUUUGCAUAUAUUUCACUCACUUGGGUUAAGUUCAUUCACUGUAAAUGCCAGUGUUAGAUUUAUGUACAUUUGGAACUCAAAUGGAUGCUGGAGAGACUUGUUACAUUUGUCAUUAAAAAUUUCCUAGAAACUGGAUUUUGAAAAAAAAAUCAGACGUGUUUUAUGACCUUUUUUAUGCAACUUUGCUGAAAUGUAACACAAACUUGUUACAAUAAUUGGCUGCAGUACCAAAUGUCAUAUCAUUAUUUACUUACCUUAGCAUCACAUGUACAUUUUAACGGAUCCUUUAGAAUACUGUGAAAGCAAGUGGAACCAGAAGUCUGAAUUUCUUUUGGAAGGAAACAAUUUACAGGAAGUAGACCAUGUGGAUUUAGACUUUAAAAUGGGCUAAAAUUUAAAUAUUAAUGUUCUAUAUAGUACAUUUUGUUUUAAAGUAUUGGAACUAUCAUGCAUCAGUUUUUUGGUGCCAGAUAUUUGCCCACCUAUCUUCUUAUAACAUUAAGAGAUGAAAGAAAGUAAAGUGAAUGUAUAGUAUUUUUGAUGUAAUCAGUAGACUGUUCACAUGACACUGCUUUUUUUUUUUUAAGUUAUAUGCUUAAAUGUUGGUGUUGCAUCUUGUGUUUUUUGUCUCUUGGUUUUAGACUUUCAGCAAAGCAAAAAAAGCCCUAACUUGGUUUUACAUUCUAAUUAACUUGAUCCUUUAGGAAAACAUUUGUAAAACACUAAGGGACUUGUAUCUUUUUGAUUAUUUCAGAAAUUAAAAUCUAUGCUGACAACUUCGAUGUUUUGUUCUUCCUAGCAAUAUGUGGCUCUAAGUUAUGCUGACUUUUGUUAAGUUUUGAGUCAAGCUAGUUAAUUUAAUUAAAACACCCUCACAGUUUUUAGGCUCGGAUAGGAAUACAGUGAAUGUUUUAGAUCAGAAUGGGUACUGUUCUAUUGGCCCACACCUUCAUUUCUUCACUAGUAGUUCAGAAUUAACAUGGUUUGUCAGUCAUGUAAUACAUACAUGCUUAUAUAGAAUGGAUACAAUAAAUAUAGAUUGAAUCAGUUUUUCUUCUGGUUAAACUACCCAGUAAUGGUUCAGGAAAGGCUGCUCUCAGGGUUCAGGAUACUUCCAGGAGAAGCAACCAUAGUUAGUUUACUGUAGAUAGACUUCCAGUUUUGGUAACUUUAACCUCAUUUUCCUUUUUGUAGAAUGAAAAUUCAAAGAGCUUUUAAUUCUAUUAAUUCUUUUUUAAAUGAUUGAGAAAUGUUUUAGUGAAAAUCCAUUAAACAACUCAGUUUAAUGUGUAAUCAUGAAAUGUUUUUAAACAAAUGUGGUAUAACUACAAUUUGUACUUCAAAAGCAGAUUUGGUAUUUGAAUAAAACAAAGCAAAUAUUCA